AUGAGUCAAGGUGGUUACACCCAAUACAACCCCUAUGGGGGCCAACAAGAACAGUCCGAUCCUUAUGCUGGCCAGCAGGGCUACGGCCAAACUUCCUAUAACCAGGCGACCACAAUGGAGCAAGGAAACGGCGGCUAUGAGAUGAAUUCCGUGCAACAGCCCGCAGACCCCACCACGCUGCUCAACCGGUGCAGAGAAAUCAACGAUGGAAUUAAAGAUUUGCAGACCAAGAGACAAGGACAGCUCACCGUGGCCCAGAACGCUCUUCUGGAAUCGAACACCGGACGGGAAGACCAGUCGGCCCGCCAGGCUCUGGAUUACAUUCAGGAUGAACUUAGCAACGGUUACCGAUACCUUCGCGACCUCAUGAAGAAGAUCAAGGAAACCCCUGGAUCUGGAGACAGCCGCGUCCAGACUCAGCUCGAAGUCACCGGCCGCAACCUGCGUGCAGAAAUCGAACAGUACCAGAAGAGCCAGCGCGAAUUUGAGAAGCGCCUGGAGGAGCAAAUCCGCCGACGAUACCAGAUUGCCAACCCAGAAGCUACUCCCGAGGAGGUGGAUCAGGGCGUUCAGAGUGUUCUGCUGGGCCAAGAACAGGCUUUCCAGGUUACCGGUGCCCGAACCAAGAGAGCCAAUGAUGUCAGACAAGCUACUGCAGAGCGUUCAGCUGCGAUUCGCAAGAUCGAACAGGAUAUGAUCGAGCUGGGUCGCCUGGUCCAGGAGGUGGCAGAGCUUGUGCACCAGCAAGAACCCGCCGUGCAGCAGAUCAACCGGGGUGCAGAGAAUGUUGCCCAAGACCUUCAAAAUGCCAACACCCAGCUUGGUCAUGCUGUCGAUAGCGCGCGCAGGGCCAGGAGAUGGAAGUGGUAUGCGCUUAUCGUCAUUAUCAUCAUUAUUGCCAUUGUUGUCGGUGUUGCCGUCGGUGUGACUGCCCACAAGUAA